UCACUGACUCUCAGCAGCGGCGCGUGAACAGGUGAACAUGAGUGCUUCAGUCGCCUCUGACAGCGGACGCGUGCUCGUGGAUGGAGGGAAAUACGCCUGUCACCGUUUGAUGUGAUUUUAUUUCUUUAAAUGAUGAAGGUGUCUACUUCCGUGGAGUGUUGGACAGUUUUCAGCUCACACGCUUUUGUUUUUUUUUUUCGAAGUCAACUAAUUCAUCAACUAGCUUGAAUUUUUAGCAUUUGUGCCUGCUGUCUCUAUUAUUUAAAAUGGCUUUUGCUAAAUUCAGCAAGAUCCUCCGACUUCCUACGAUUGAAGUGAAGAAGAAAACCAAACAAUAUGAGCACGUUCAUCGGGAUGUUAAUCCAAACGACAUUUGGGAAAUUAUCGGGGAACUGGGCGAUGGCGCUUUCGGGAAAGUUUAUAAGGCCCAGAAUAAAGAAACCGGUGCUCUAGCUGCAGCCAAAGUCAUCGAAACCAAAAGUGAAGAGGAGCUGGAGGACUACAUGGUGGAGAUCGACAUCUUAGCGUCCUGCAACCAUCAGUACAUCGUCAAACUGCUCGAUGCCUUCUUCUACGACAACAAACUGUCGAUAAUGAUCGAGUUUUGCCCUGGAGGUGCAGUCGAUGCCACCAUGUUAGAGCUGGACAGGGGUCUUGAAGAGCCUCAGAUCCGGGUGAUCUGUAAACAAAUGCUGCAGGCUCUUCAGUAUCUCCACAGCAUGAAGAUCAUCCACAGAGACCUGAAGGCUGGAAACAUUCUCCUCACACUGGAAGGAGACAUCAAGCUAGCGGAUUUUGGAGUUUCUGCAAAAAACACCAAAACUCUUCAACGACGAGACUCUUUUAUCGGGACGCCAUAUUGGAUGGCUCCAGAGGUGGUGAUGUGCGAGACCAUGAAGGACGCUCCAUACGACUACAAAGCUGACAUCUGGUCGCUGGGCAUCACGCUGAUCGAGCUGGCUCAGAUAGAGCCGCCACACCACGAGCUGAACCCCAUGAGGGUCCUGCUAAAAAUCGCCAAGUCUGAGCCUCCCUCCCUGGAGCAACCUGCCAAGUGGUCGAUGGAAUUUAAGGAUUUCCUGAAAAUAGCUUUGGACAGAAACCCUGAGACGAGGCCAACGUCUGCUCAGCUUCUAGAACAUCCUUUCGUGAGUUCGGUGAAGACCAACCGUCCGCUGAGAGAACUGGUGGCCGAGGCCAAAGCCGAGGUGAUGGAAGAGAUCGAGGACAAUCACGAAGAAGCAGAAGACGAGGACCCUGCUGACCUCUCAUCUGCCCCCAUCAAAGACCCAUCAGAAACCAGUGAGACCAGUUUAUACGGGGACCAAAACCUCAAUGAAGCUUCAGUGGAGCUUGAGGAGGAUCCCAGGACUUCUGAGUCCACCGAAACUCCUUUGAAAGAGCAGGACGAUCUCAGCGACAAGUUUCCAGAGGAGGACCACGACAAACCUGAGAGUGAGGCGUCAGGCAAGACCUCCAGCUCUGACUCCGGCAUCGAGGAUGGAAAAAGCACGCCCACCUCCGAAGAGGACCCCAAAGCGGUCGAGAGCUCAGAACCAGAGCUACCUUCGCUGAGAACAGCAGAACCUUCAGAGUCUUCCUCAGAAACCACGGAGCAGCCCUCGGAGAAACCGGAGGAACCGGAGAAGGAAGAAGCUCACGGCGCAAGGGAAGUGCCUAGCCAGCAGCCGCAUGCCAUUCUGAACCGAACCGAGUCCAAAGAGCCGACCAAUCGCAUGUCUGGGAUGAGCGACAGAUCCUCACUGGCUGCUGAGGAUGUGGAAAGGUUAUCGAAUGGCAGGCUAUCAAAACGAUACUCUGAUGUGACGAGUGAGAACAUGGACAUCAGCCUGAACCUGUCGAGUGAUAUGUCCGUCAACAAAGACUUGGGCACCAUCUCUUUACGGGACAACAAGAAGACGCUCAAACGCACGCGUAAGUUCCUGGUGGACGGUGUGGAGUUGAGCGUCACCACCUCCAAAAUCAUCACUGACGAUGAGAAGAAGGAUGAAGAAAUGAGGUUCCUCAGGCGCCAGGAGCUUCGGGAUCUGCGUCUGCUGCAGAAAGAGCAACACCGCGCUCUGGCUUUGCUCAAUCUGAAGCUGAAAGAGCAGCGGGAGCAGAUACAGCGCAGGUUCGACCAGGAGUUGAAUGCCAAGAGGAAAUACUACGACACGGAGCUGGAGACGCUGGAGAAACAGCAGAAACAGACCAUCGAGAAAAUGGAGACGGAUCACACCGUACGACUGCGGGACGAGGGCAAACGCAUCCGCGCCGAGCAAGAGAGAGCCUACAACAAGUUCCUGGAUCAGAUGAAACACCACAAGAAAGAGGUCAAACAAGAAGUGGAGAAACUGCCCAGGAGUCAGAGGAAAGAAAGCAUGAAGAUCAAAAUGAACAACUUCCAGCAGGUGAAAUCAGACAAGGAAGAGAAGUUCCUGGCAGAUCAGAGAGAUUAUCUGGACUCGACUCUGAAGAGCAUCAUCGCUCAAAACAAGCGGGAAAUCUCCGAGACGGAGCGUCAGUGUCUCAUCAAAAAACAGACUCUGCUCCGAGAUCGAGAAGCCACUCUCUGGGACCUGGAGGAGAAGAGCUUGCACGAGAGACACCAGCUCCUCAAACAGCAGCUGAAGGACCAGUACUUUCUGCAGAGACACCAGCUCCUCAAGAAACACGAGAAGGAGCAGGAGCAGAUGCAGUGCUAUAACCAGCGUAUGAUCGAGCUCCUCAAGGCCCGACAGCAACAGGAGAAGAACAGGCUGCCCAAGAUCCAGCGCAGCGAGGCCAAAACACGCAUGGCCAUGUUCAAGAAGAGCCUGAGGAUCACCUCCAACGGAAGCUCCUCAGAUGACCGCGAGAAGAUCAAGCAGUUCUCCAGGCAGGAGGAGAGGAGGCAGAAGGCCGAGCGAUUGCACCAGCAGCAGAAACACGAGAACCAGAUGAAAGCGAAGAUCAGCGAGUGCGAGGGGAACACCAGAGAACUGCAGCAGCUGCAGAAUGAGAAAUGUCACCUGCUGAUUGAAAACGAGACGCAGCGUCUGAAGUCUCUGGACGAGCAGCACAACCAGCAGCUGAAGGAGUGGAGGGAGCGCCUCAAGCCCAGGAAGCAGGUUCUGGAGGAAGAACUGAACCUGAGGAAGAAAGAGCAGGAACUUUUCUUCAAGAUGAGUGAAGAUUCCCAGUGUCAGAACAUCGGCUCACCAAACAAACUCACAAAGUUUGUCCCGUACGUCGAUUCGUCCACCACAUGAGCCAAGCUUUUGAUUUUUCUGGAGGCACAGUCAGAUUUCUCUGUAGAUGCACAAGAGUCAGUUUAAAUCACAUCACGCUGAAGCCAAAGAAACAUUCAACUAAUACUGAGAACACCGAUACUGACAGAUACAGCAUCUCUUUACAGUACACCACAUUCAGCUUCAUUCAUUUAAUAGUGACCGACAGAGAUGAAAGUGUAUUGAUGCAUUCAUUUAAACGCAGGGAUUUUAUUCUGGUGAGUAAGAAACGUUGAACUGCGUCACUAGAACAACUCGUUUCUGACAGACUCGCUCGCCUUAGUUUAUUGAAGAGCUACUGUUGUCAUUUUAUCUUCAAGCUAGCAAAAAUUGCAUUGCCAAAUAUAUUGUACAAACCUUGCAUAUUCUUAUAUAUAUUUGUAUUUUUUUCUAUGAUCAUUUAAUAUAUAUAUAUAUAUAUAUAUAUAAGUUGCAACUUAUCACUUUUCUUUUAUAACCAGUUUCCUAAAUGUUUAAAUGCUGAAAAAAAGGAAUUUGUUUUAAUUUUUUGAACUGCCGAACAAGUUUUUCUUUACUAAAGUGAAAGUGUACAUUUUAAUUGGUACAUUAAGUUAUCUUAUCGAAUGUUUUUGUCGUUUUAUGUUUUAGACAGCAACUAAUUUGCCACUUUUAUUAUUCUGCGAUGUUCACCGAAAUGUGAGUUAUUGACUGUCAGUGGCACAUUUACUGUAAAUGCAUCACACUGGACGAGACGAAAGUGAUGAAAGUUCACGGCUUCAGAAAUGUUUACGCACGAGUUUAUUGUUGAUCACUUGUUAUAUGUUGCUGUCUAAAGCACUGUCACCUAACCAAAGUGUGCAAUAUGUUGUUGUGUUCUGAUUUUAUACACGUGGUAUUUUACAACAGCUUCCAUUCUUUAGCCAUUUGAAGGAUUGAAUACCUGAAGGUACGAGGAUUUUACUUUUUUUUUUUUUUUUUUAAUGUCUGGAGCUCAAUGUUGAUCGUUGCUUUCGGAGUCUGUAACUCUGUGUAACCAAAGGUUCAGUGUGGAUGAUGUACCAAACUGUUGUCCUACCCAAGUAUCUAUAAUAAAUGAGAUGUUUAUUAUUCAUCCUUA